UAAUUCAUUUAGGGGUGGGAAUAGAAAACAGUCAGAAGUUAUUCUGACUUCUUUCCUGUGCUUGCCCGCCUUCAAUGAGUUGAAUUCAUUCAUAGCGGGACUAAGAAUGGAGGAGACGUUGCAACCGGAGCAACAGGAGACGGAAUAUAAGAAUCCAAAUGAGGACCAAGGUGGGAUACGCCGCCGAUUGCGGGACAGGGAUCUUCUCAGAAAGAGGAAGGCCGAAGCAGAAGAGAAGGAAACUUACCAGUGGGUUUUUGGGGAGGAGAGGCAGGGGAAAAGACUAAGGGCUGAUGAGAAGAGUGGCUCAAAAAGGAGAGGGAGGCCCAGGAAGAGUGAGCCCAGGUCGGAGAUACCGGUCAUCCAGGAAGCGGCGGCAUUUGCUCAGGAGUAUCCUGCAGUGGUAGUGCUGCCUGAAUCUGUGGGCAUCCUCUCAGAAGAAACAUCAGGCUCUCUGACCCCCUUACUUGCUGCAGGCGGUGACAAACUGGAGUCGCAGCCAGAGUUUGUGCUCGCUGCCCCUGCCUCCAACCCUGUGCUUGGAUCCGGCCAAAGCUCUGUCCCAGCUCCUGUUCUCACUUCUCCAGCCCCAGAUAACCAGACUCGAGCUCUUGUUUCACCCUCAGUUUCUGCCCCAUCUCCCGCCAAUGUUCUAGAUUCAGCUCCAGUUGCCCUCCAAGCUCCAGCUCCAGCUCCAGAUGCUGUUCCAGUCCCACCUCUGUCCCAAGCACCAGCUCCAGCUGCUGCUCCUGCUCCUCCCCAGGUAGAGACCCUCAACACAGAGUCACGAGACAGGGAGGCCCUCGGUCAGGUCUUGAUUGAGGACUUGGGCCCAGAUGAGGAGGAAGACACCACCUCCCUAUUGCAAGACAAAAGAGCUGAUGAAGAUUUGACUGAGACACCGCUCAUCAACUUAGCUGAACAAAACAAAAUGUUCUCAAUUUCAACUUUGUCCUCUCCAACUCUGCCACAAGAAUAUCUCCCGGGAAAUUAAUUAUAAUUGGUGAAAAUACUGCCUCAAUCCAGAACAUGCAAAGUCAGACUGCGUCUCUUUCUUUUAGUUUGUAUCUGAGUAUUGUUUUGGUUAGUGUGCGGCUUGUAGAUUAAAGAUAAUAAACAUGUUGAGGGUGUGCAUUGCUUAUCUGAAAAACGUAUGAAUUAAAGGCAAACCUGUAUGCUUAUUUAUUUUUUGUUUGUGCUUCAUUGUGAAAUUCAUGAAUUGUAUUUUGUGCUUUGACCUUAGUCAACAGCAAAUUUUCCCCUGCUUUUAUUUAAAAAUAAAUUGUAUCAAUUACUGGUCAUGAUUUAUUCAUAACUGUGGAUUUAUUUGAUCAAAUUUUUUGUAAAAGUAGUUUUUCACCAAAUAAAAUACACUGCUCACAUCA